UAAUGUUAAGGAUGGAAUGGUUUCUAUAUUCUCAACUUUAGAAUUAGAGUUGUUAGCCAGGUUUAAAUCUGGAGAGGAUCCUGUAUAUUCUCUUGCUGUAACUAUGGACGAUACAAAGCUUGUCACAGGUGGUCGAAGUAUAAAUGUUUGGGAGAUUAAAGGUCAAACUCGCUUCCAAACUUUUACAGGACAUGCUAACGAGGUGAGAAGAUUAGUUUGUGUUGAGAACAACGAGGUUGAAGUUAUUCUGUCCUCGGCAGCAGAUGAUAGAAAUAUUUCAGUUUGGAAACUGGAUGAACGUGCCAAGAAGAAAAUGCCAGCCUACAUUACUCUCUUAGUCAACGAAUAUAUCUCGGAUCUAGCUUGUUUGGUGGUGGAUGAUGAAAUUUUAACCACUGUUACCACAGUUGAUGGGAGUGUUCUAAUCUAUCGAUAUAGUUUGUUUGGUGCACGAAGAGCUCAGGUCAAGUGUUCAAGUUUGGUAGAAAUUGGCGCCCAAGAGGACAGAAAAGUUACCAAGGUUCAAAUUUGCGCCAGUUUUUGUUUAAAUCAAGAUUCCCCAUCUCUUCAUAUAGCUUACGGCUCUGCCUUUGCUCUUCAGAUUGAAGAAUUGAAGAUUAAUGAACUAGGGAAGACUCAUAUUUUAGCAAGAUCUUCUCCAGUUCCAAAACCAAGCGCACCAAGUUUAAUGUCCGAUCAACAUAUCCUGGAGAAUAAAACUUCCUUAAAGAAGAGAAAACAGGAAAUAGACAAGGAGAACAUGACAUUAGAGGAAAGGCUGGAUAAGCUGAAACUAAAUCAAACCAAGGAUUCUGACAAACCGGAAACACUAGCACAGCUUCUAGUUCAGGGAUUACAGAGUAAAGAUCCACGUAUCCUUGGUGGCGUACUUGAUCGUGAAGAUGAGGAUCUCAUUAGAAAAAUUAUUGCAUCUCUACCGACGGCCUUUGUUAUCCCAUUAUUGCGGCAUAUUUAUUCUGAAGUAAAGGGAAAAGGUAUAAAUCAUAUUUCUACUGCCAAGUGGAUUGGAGUUCUAGUUAAAACACACUUUGGAUACCUCAUCUCAUCCCCUUCAGUGAUUCAGGAUAUUCUAAUACCCUUGAACAACAUCAUGGAACAGAGGACAGCAAACUAUUUAGAGAUCAAUAGAUUGAAACUUAAGAUGGAUUUACUUUACAAGAAGAAGGAAGAGAAAAAGAAUGGAGUCCGUGUUCAACCUUACCGUCCUCCUCUCAUAGUAUACGAGAGUAAUGGGGAAGACGAAGAAUCAGUAUUAGAGGAAUUAGACCCCAUGGUUCAUUGUUCUGACGACGAAGAAGAAGCAGAUGAACCUCCACAUCCUCCUCCUGCUCCUACUCAUACUCAUACUCCUCCUCCUCUUCCUCCUAUUCGGCGAUCUAAGAGAAAGUGUAAAAGUGAACUGGAAAAGGAGAAGAUAUUGGAUAUUGAAGCCCGUCUCCUAGCAACUGAAGACAGUCUUGACCUUAAAGAACAGGAGAUUUAUAAGAAAGGGCGAGGUGUUGUAACACUCCGUAGCUACAAGAAGGGCGAGUUUGUCCUGGAGUAUGCUGGGGAGUUAAUAAACAAAGAGUCUGCUAAACAUAGGGAGACCCAGUACUCCCUUGACACUUUCAAAGGUUGUUAUAUGUAUUACUUUAAAUACAAAGAUAAACAAUACUGUAUUGAUGCGACAAAGGAGACUGGUAGGUUGGGGCGUCUUGUCAAUCACAGCUGCAAGGCUCCAAACUGUGUUCCAAAGGUAUUUACCUUAAAUAAUAUUCCUAGAGUGAUCUUAGUAGCUUUACAGGAUAUUGAGAAAGAUACAGAACUAUUAUUUGAUUAUGGAGACAGAUGUAAGGAGAGCUUAAAAAACCACCCAUGGUUGAUGCUUUGAUCUGUGCACCUUCCUCAUCACUGCGAGACUUUACUGAGGAACCCAGUUUUUUUUCUUAAAACAGAACAUAAUUACAGGGUGGCCAAAAUGUACGGAUUGUACGGAUUGUACGGAUUGAU